GUGACGUUCAAUGAUCACGAAUCACGAUUCUAUGAAGUUAAAUCGACCGUUAUCUAAAAUGGAAGUUCUGCCAAGUCUAAGGGGUGAAAAGAGAGAGAAAAAAACAUAAGGAGUGGGUUUAACAAGAAACCCUUCCGGCAACGGUUGCAAGUGAAGAAACUUUGGAUUCUUUUGGAACCCUAAAUCCUUUACGGCAAAGGUUGCAGCGACGACUUCGGUGAUUCUUCAUCUAAGGGUGUUGAAGCUCAAUCCUCUUAUCCAUCUCCGGUCCCAGUGUAUUGCAGCAAAAUCUCCAGUUUCACUCUCCAGUGGAUUGUACCGGCUCCAUAUUCUCUGGAAAAAGCUGUUGGGGAUGCUAGCACCUCUCUCUCUCUCUCUCUCAUAUGAAAUGACUUCUUUGUUCUUCAAUACACAAGACCGCUUUGCCGCACGUCAUUGAUUACCCCUGGCAGUGGCUUUAAACAGAGUUGCAAGGAGAGCGCUGAUCAGGGAAGAGUGUGAAGCAGAAAAUGGCAGCCACUGCGACUUACCCACCACCACCACCAUACUACAAGCUCUACAAGGAUUACCUCCAAGACCCUAAAUCGGCUCCUGAACCUCCUCCUCCCAUCCAAGGAACAUAUGUGCUUUUUGGUGGCAGCUAUACGACUGAGGAUGUCCUUCCGAACUUGGAGGAUCAAGGAGUUCGUCAGUUGUUUCCGAAAGGACCUAAUAUUGAUUUCAAGAAGGAACUGAAAUCUUUAAACAGAGAACUUCAGCUGCAUCUAUUGGAGCUUGCAGAUGUACUUGUUGAAAGGCCUUCCCAAUAUGCAAGGAGAGUGGAGGAUAUCUCUCUUAUAUUUAAGAACUUGCACCAUCUCCUCAAUUCAUUGCGUCCUCACCAGGCCAGAGCAACACUAAUUCACAUACUAGAACUUCAGAUACAACGUCGUAAACAAGCUGUGGAAGAUAUAAAAAGAAGAAGAGAAGAGGCACAAAGACUGCUCAAAGAAGCACUUGCAACCUUAGAUGGCUGCUAGUCUGCAUUGUAUUCCGGGCCUUGGACGUUUGAACUGCUGUAGCUGUAACACCACCUGAUAUUUCAAGUGAAUCAAUUGCAAAUAAUGUGUUGCAUUUACUUGGAAACUAUUGGUACUAGUAUCAGACACACGCGAAAAUGUCGUCUGUUUUCAAGUGGUUGGUUGUAAAUGAUUUACAUUCAAAUGUUGUGAGCGAAGCAUGAGGAUGGGUCUUUGGGGUUGUCCUUAAUCUUUGGAUGGCCCUUGUAGGUGAACAUGGCUACUGAGGUGGUGGCUCUUGUUUCAUCCCACCAACCUCGCUUGAAUCGAAAUUCCCUGCUAACGAUACUACAUGAAUUGGAAAGAGAUGCUGUUUGCCAAGUUUUUAACAUUAGUCAUUCAAACUUGGUAGGUAA